CCACUCAAACAUUGAUCGGCCAUAAACACCUUAAUUUCGCAGCCAUUUCUGUUGCAAGCUCCAGUAAUGGCGGAUAUAGCUUCCUUCAUCGCAGAAGACUUUGAGAGGAGGAUGAAAAAGUGGGAGAAGGGAGAGCAACAUGAGGGGUUUGAGUUCAGCUCCACUGUAGCCGUGGCCUCCUCUGUUCUCUUCUCCAUCGGAACAAAACUCGACCAGCAACUUGCCUUUGUAAAGGAUGGUAUUGAAAAGAAUGCUACAGAACCCAGAAAUUCUUUUUCUCUUGCUGCAUUUAAUGGUUUCUUCUCAGCUUGAUAGAUCAUUUUCCUACUCUUUUUUUUCUUUUUUCCUUGAGGAUGUUUCUUCCUUUCCCUAAUUUUUCUUAUGGAGAUUAUGCAUGUUGUAUGUUUUUCCUGCGAGAGUCUUAACUUAAUUGUUAAUGUACUAAGAAUUUUAUUUCAUAUGUCAAUAUAUUGUGCUCCUUUCUAUGCUA